AGCAACAAUGAAUGAUGAUGUUUGUUCACUAAUUUAGUGGAUUCUUUUACGUCCUCGGGCGGCUAAGCUAAGCUCUUCCUUCAUCGGUUCCUCCUCCCCCACGUGGUGCUUGCUACCGUACGUUACUUCCCAUAAUAAUUUAACCCUUCUUCUUCUUCUUCAUCUUUCAGAGGCACCAUUAAUGGCGGAACCUCCAGAACGAGACCCGUUCCCGGAGUUCCGCCUGGAUUCCGAUGCCGGAGCUACCUUUGUUCUUGAAUCAAAAGGGAAGUGGUGGCAUGCGGGGUUUCAUCUGACGACGGCGAUAGUGGGGCCGACAAUUCUGACACUGCCAUACGCGUUCAGGGGACUAGGUUGGGGCCUGGGUUUCUUAUGUUUAACGGUUUUAGGAUGCGUCACCUUCUACUCUUACUAUCUCAUGUCCAAGGUGCUUGAGCAUUGUGAAAAAGCCGGCCGCCGCCAUAUCCGCUUCCGUGAACUCGCCGCCGACGUUCUAGGGUCUGGUUGGAUGUUUUAUUUUGUUAUAUUCAUCCAAACCGCUAUCAAUACAGGGGUUGGAAUAGGCGCAAUUUUGCUUGCAGGGGAAUGCCUCAAGAUCAUGUAUGAAAACCUUUCUCCAAAUGGAUCAUUGAAGCUGUAUGAGUUUAUAGAAAUGGUGACAGUGGUGAUGAUAGUUCUCUCUCAACUGCCUUCCUUCCAUUCCCUCAGACAUAUCAAUUUUGCUUCCCUUCUUCUUUGCUUGGGGUACACUUUCCUUAUGGUUGGUGCUUGUAUUAAUGCAGGUCUCUCCAAAAAUGCUCCUCCUAGGGACUAUUCCUUGGAACCUUCAGGUUCAUCAAGGGUGUUUAGUGCUUUCACUUCUAUCUCCAUAAUAGCUGCAAUUUUUGGGAAUGGCAUACUUCCUGAAAUACAAGCUACUUUGGCUCCACCUGCUACAGGAAAGAUGGUAAAAGGACUGCUAAUGUGUUACACCGUGGCCUUCCUUACAUUCUACUCAGCUGCAGUCUCCGGAUAUUGGGUUUUUGGCAACAACUCUAACUCAAACAUUCUUAAAAGCUUGAUGCCUGAUGAAGGACCUUCUUUGGCUCCAACCAUAGUUCUCGGCCUCGCCGUUGUCUUCGUUCUCCUCCAACUCUUAGCUAUUGGCUUGGUUUAUUCACAAGUUGCGUAUGAGAUCAUGGAAAAACAAUCAGCUGAUGUGAAACAAGGGAUGUUUUCCAAAAGGAACCUUAUCCCUAGGCUAAUACUUCGGUCACUGUAUGUGAUAUUCUGCGGGUUUAUGGCAGCAAUGCUCCCUUUCUUUGGUGACAUUAGUGGGGUCGUUGGUGCCAUCGGCUUCAUCCCGUUAGAUUUCAUCCUCCCUAUGCUUCUUUAUAACAUGACUUAUAAGCCUUCAAGGUCAACCCUCACCUACUGGAUCAAUUUGUCCAUCAUUAUUGUCUUCACAGGUGUGGGAAUCAUGGGUUCAUUUUCAUCUAUUAGGAAAUUGGUUCUUGAUGCCAACAAGUUCAAGCUUUUUAGCAGUGAUGUGGUUGACUAACCAGUGAUCAUAUCGCUUAAAAGCUCAGGAAAUUCUGCUUCUUAAAGGCAAGAAGCAUUGUUUCCUUUGUUGUAACCAAGUGUAACUUGUCCCCAUAAAUGAGUUACCAUAAUUUAGAUGAUCAA